AUGGAGGAAGACCAUCCGGCGAUCACAUCGCUGCAUCGAGCCACGUACGGCAUGAUCCUCUUUGCCAUCCCACAUAAAGGAUUGGUGAUGGACGAUAUCCAGCAGAUGCUAGCCGGGGAUCACAGCCAUCCACGAGAGCAGUUGCUGAAGCAGAUCUCUAGUAAAUCGGACCUACUGAUGCACCAGCUGGCGGAUUUCAAAAAUUUGAUCAGAGAUCGAGAGGUGGUUAAUUUCUACGAGACGGAGCAGACGAGGCAGUUCUGGCCCCCUAGCCCGAAGAGUCUCAAGUGGAUAAGAAGGUACUAG